AUGGCGGCAGCGGAGGCAGAAAGGGAGGAGUGUGCACUGCGCAGACGCAAAGAGCCCACAUCGCGCAGGGCACGAAGGGGCCAGGCAGUACGAAUCGCUCGGCCCCGCCUCGCGAUCGCUACUUCCCGUCCACGGAAAUGCGAUAAGAUAGGGCAGCGAUUGGUUUUCCCGGAAUGCAAAGUCCAUCCUCUCCACGGUGUGGAGGGUUACCGGGAGAGGAAGGAGGCCUUGGCGGACCGUCCCACUGCCAAUGAUCGGAGGGAGACUGGGAGAGCUCAAAGGAGUCUGGAACCAGAGAGCAGAUCUAGCCAGAUGGGCCCUGCUCUCAAAGACCAGAUGUCUGGAGCCAUCUUCGUGCCUCUGGAGGGCCCAGGAGCCCUGGACUCCGUGAGUGGCCACCCCCUCGUGUGCCCACUGUGUCACGCGCAGUACGAGCGCCCGUGCCUGCUGGACUGCUUUCACAAUUUCUGUACUGACUGCCUGCGUGGCCAGGCCACUGAAGGCCUCCUGACUUGCCCGCUGUGCCAGCACCAAACCGUGGUGAAGAGUCCCAGUGGGCUCCCACCCGUGGACCGGCUGCUACAGUUCCUGGUGGACAGCUCUGGGGACAGCGUGGAGGCCGUGCACUGUGCCAACUGUGACCUGGAGUGCAGCAAGCAGGAGGCUGAGACCACGUAUUUCUGCAACACGUGCGGGCAGCCCCUGUGCGCGCGCUGCCGGGAAGAGACUCACCGCGCACGGAUGUUCGCGCGCCACGACAUCGUGGUCCUGGGCCAGCGCAGCCGCGAUGUGAUCCAAAAGUGCACACAGCAUGCGGAGCCAUACAUCAUGUUUUCCACCGACAAGAAGUCGCUGCUGUGUAUCCGCUGCUUCCGGGACAUGCAUGGGGAGAGCCGGGCUCACUGCGUGGACCUGGAGUCCGCUUAUGUGCAAGGCUGUGAGAGACUGGAGCAGGCGGUGCUGGCGGUGAAAGCCCUGCAGACUGCCACCCGGGAGGCCAUCGCGCUGCUGCAGGCCAUGGUGGAGGAGGUGCGGCGCAGCGCUGCGGAGGAGGAAGCUGCCAUCCACGCUCUCUUCGGUAGCAUGCAGGAUAGACUGGCUGAGAGGAAAGUGCUACUUCUACAGGCUGUGCAGAGCCAAUACGAAGAGAAGGACAAGGCCUUCAAGGAGCAGCUUGCCCACUUGGCUGCCUUGCUGCCCACCCUGCAGGUUCACCUGGUCAUCUGCUCUUCCUUCCUCAGCUUGGCCAGCAAAGCUGAGUUCCUGGAUCUUGGCUACGAGCUGAUGGAGAGACUGCAGGGCAUCGUCAUGCGGCCACAUCGCCUAAGGCCAGCUCAGAGCAGCAAGAUUUCCAAUGACUACCGUGCAGAGUUUGCGCACUGCCUGGAGCCACUGCUGCUGCUAGGACCUCGUAGGGCAGUGGCCACUGUGGAUGGCAUCAACAUGCUGGCAGGGGGCUCAGGCCCUAAGGUGCAGAAGCCAUCCAGCUGCCCUUCCCCAGUGGGAAAGAUGUCUGGGUCACCUGUCCAAAAACCUAUGCUGCACCGGCCCAUCAGCGCCAAAGUGCUGCUGGCAGAGGGGGAGGACACACCCUUCACAGAGCACUGUCGUCAUUAUGAAGACUCCUACAGGGAUCUGCAGGUGGGAGUGCAGAACUUGAAGGACCAGGUCCAGGAGUUGCACCGGGACCUCACCAAGCAUCACUCACUCAUCAAGGCUGAGAUCAUGGGGGACAUCGUGCACAGGUCCCUGCAACUGGACGCGCAGAUCGCCUCGGUGUAUACCUCCGUGGAGGGCAUGAGAACGGUCUUCCAGGAGAUUUGGGAGGAAUCCUACCAGCGAGUAGCUACUGAGCAGGAGAUUUACGAAGCCCAGCUCCAUGACCUUCUCCAGCUGAAGCAAGAGAAUGCCUACCUGACUACCCUCACUAAGCAGAUCACACCCUAUAUCCGCUCCAUUGCCAAGGUGAAGGAGCGGCUGGAGCCCAGGCUUCAGGCACCUGUGGAUGAACGAGCACAGAAUCUGCCAAGCUUGUAUGACGACAGCAGGAAUGGUGAGACCCCAGCCAGGAAUGAUCCAGGGAGCAUCACAGAGAGAGAGAAGACAUCUGAGCCCAAAGCAAACAGCCGGGCCCUGAGCGGCCUCCCAGAAGAGCUUCCUCUGAAAAACCAAGACCAUCUCAGACUCAUGUAGAAAACGGGGAUGGCCUUUGCUCACAGGGAGAGCAGCUAAUUUAACAAGGGGGACGCAGGUGGUUGGGCUUCCACAAGCAGUGAGGCUGGCACACAAGCAAAGACUGUUCAAACUGUGGUUAUUUCUUUAAAAGGUAACAAUCGAUCAACAGCAAAUCCCAGAAACUGACGAUCCAGCCUUCACCGCCCCUGUGCUCCCAUGGCUGGAAGUCCCAGCCCUUCUCACAGUGCACAGGCUCAGGAUGGGACACUUCAGCAAAGAGCAGGCAUGCAGACCACAGCCACCAACUUGUUCAGCACCUGUAUGGCAGGUCUCUGUGGGCUGGGCCCUGUGUUCAGGUGGCUUGAGGUCCUACCUGGCCAGGUGUUAAGUAACAAGAUGUCAGCACUAUGAAGUUCCUGCCCUAUGUUGAAGGAAUGUGGUCUCCUACAGUCCAUUGCCCUACUAUAGAUCUGGUGGCACCCCAGAGCUCCACCCAAUAAAUUGAGUAGUGUCUCAGAAAAAGGCUCCUGUCACAGCAAGGGCAGAAUUUCCAAAGCCCAAGGAAGGCCACUGGGCAGCCCUGUAGCAGAGGAUCACACUACAGCCUGUCUCCCCAAAUCACCAUUACUCCCAUGCUCCCUCAGCAGUUGGUUGGUAGCAAAGUACAGUAUGGCAACUAUCUUCUUCCAUGUAGUUUUCUUCCUAGGAAUUUCUUAUUCCUAUCUUGUAGCCUUCUUAUUGGGAGGAACUUCAUGCUUUAAAGGAAAAGCGAUAAGACCUGAAAGGAGACCAGUCACAUUUUAAGACAAUACUGAGGCUGAACAUGG